AUGUAUAAAUUAAUUGAAAUCAAUGAGAAUCAUCUCUUUCUACAUGAAGAAGCAAAAAAAAGUGAAGAAGCGGAUGAAAAUGAAGAAGCAUAUGAAAUUGAAUUUGAAGAUUGCAAAUUUCUUGAUUUUAGUAAUUGCGUCAAUUUGAAUAAGAAAGUAAUCGAGGAUGUUUUUGAAGCGCAUUUGUUGGGUCAGAAAGUUAGAUUAUGUAUGGCAGGGGGUGUAGUGCCAGAAAGGAUGAGAUAUAAGAGUAAAGGGUCCUCGCUUUCAUUCAAACUUGACCUUCAUCACUUAAUUGCCUUCUCUUUCUGCGUUGUUGCUGAUACCACAUUUUGUAAUUUUUUCAUUAAAAUAAUUGAAUGUAGAGUGGCUUUCAUGUAUGGAUCUGGAAAUAGGCAGGGACGUCGUACAUUCAUCUUCUUUGAAGGGCCUCAUUUUACUUCCCCGCCGUGUUUGCGAAAAUUGUGGAGUGUGGGGUCCAUCCGAUAUAUAGUAGAAAUAAAAAGAGAAGCAGAAAUGAAGAGCAUCAGGAUGACAAGGACCACCAACCACUUCUUCAAAUAUUGGAAGACAACUAAUUUCUAGUUUCACAACAACAGG